GUCAAAAAUAAGUGCGAUUAUGAGUAUAAACAAUAAUGUGAAUAAUGAGCAUAGUAGCCUGAUGGUAUCGACUUUGUUUCCUUCCAAUCGACGCAUCACUAUUGAAUGGUCUGCGUGGCUCCGUGACCACCUCGCGAAGUGAUCAAAGGAAGGUGUCUUGGUGAUGUCGUAGACAAUUCUCUUAUCCAACGACCACCGAAGAGCGUCUUCUCUUAUCCAAUAUUCAUCCAUGGAUGCUCUAUCAAGCUCUGUUCCGACCCUAAAAGCUCCUAUUCUCCAUGCAAGACCUCGUGAAUUCUACCAAUUCAAAACUCACCAUUCCCUUUCGCAUCCCCACCUCUCCUCUGCUACCAAGCCCAACUCUUUCUCCUCCAAACCCUCAUUCUCACCUUACAAAACCCUUGUUCCUCCACUCCCUUCUCCCUCCCAAUCCCAAAACCAAACCCAAACCUUCUUUCCCGGGUCUCCUGUAACUACCCACCGUAAUCCGGCCUCUGGCUACGCUGCGGCACUUGUAGACAUCGCUCAGCGCGACAAUUCCCUCGGGGAACUCCGAAAAGAUGUGCGAAGGUUCUCCAAGUUGCUUCACUGUGACCAAUUUCAAGCUUUCUUGAAUGAUCCAUCAAUUGGAAACAAAGACAAGGGACAAUUAGUGAAGGAGGUGGCAAUAAGAGGGAAUUUUAAGAGACAUUUGGUGGGUCUAUUGAAAAUGUUGAUCGACAGAAAUAAGCAGGGGAUGAUCAGUGAAGUGUUAAUGGAAUUCCAAAGGAUUUAUGAUGAAUUGAGCGGUACUGAAGUCGUUUUUGUCUCUUCUGCCAAGAAGAUGGAGAAGCAUCAGCUGUUCGGGAUUGCUAACAGGGUUCAACAGCUUACAGGGGCUAUGGAAGUCAAGGUAAGAAAUUUGUUUGGUGAGAGACUGCCCUCUUUUGCGGCAUAACCUGUUAUCAAUGUAACAACUUGGAUCAUAAAGUUAGAGCUGGUAGUGGGGAACAUAUCAUCUUGAGUCCUGGAGAGCUGGAUAUGUUGCAUGCUAUGUGUUUGUAUGAAUGCCUGAAUGAGUGUUUGACGUUUAACUACGAUGAUUUCUUUGUAGUGACGCAGAGUUCCCUCUCGGGGUUUUGAUGAGGUGCUUGAGCUACACAUUACGUUUUUUAGGAAUAAACUCUUUGCAAUCAUAAUGGUUAGAAGCU